AUAAACAAAGAUCAUUCUAUAUUCCCAGCUUCCACUAAAUUCCGACGUUAAUCCAAGGUAUUUUCUUUCAUUUCUCUGCGAUCGCUUGGUUUUUCAAAUUUUUCUUGUAGUCUCAUAUCCUAAAUAGGAAAGAGUCUUGAAAAAUCUAUGUCUGAGUCUGCACAUCGAGAUCAAAAUAUUGAUAAUCACCAUCCCCUUCCCCCUUUUCCCAGGAGAAUAUAAAAGGCAAACACAAAAUGUGUGUAAAAUUACCACAUACUUAGCACUGUUGAAAGAAUAGACAAGCAAUAGACUGAAGAAGGCAGUGUGGAAGAGACUUUUAUUACAGCUCAUAUCCAUCUGAAAAAAAUACAUCAGAACAUGUUUUACAGCUGAAUCAUCUCACUUGAAUGUUUGAACAAGAUACACAUUAAUUCAAAAAUAUUGAAUUUUUUGCUGAGUAUUUAUAAAAAAAUUUAUAAAGAAAUGAAAUGAAAACUUUCGGAAGCUUUAGUAUGAUAAUUUGAAAAUAUUCCUUACAACUAUGGCACCGAUAAAUCCACUGGCAAAGCAAAACAUCAAAGACUUAGAAUCACAAGUAACGACAACUACACCACUACAUAAGCACAUUGAAUUUGAUAAAUCAGAUACUUUUAUACGUCAAGCAGUAAUGAUGACUCUCUGGUACAUCUUUAGUUUUGGAACGAUGUAUACUAAUAAGUAUAUAUUGACUGAUUUGGAUGGUGAUGCUGGGGUGCUGGGAGAGUCACAGAUGUUUUUUUCUGCUGUUUUUGGAGCUUUCAAAAUGUAUCUUCCCUGUUGUUUCUUUGAAAGAAGUCAUCAUGAAGCUCCUCGGUUUCAUUUUUUUAGAAAUAUGGCAAUCCUAGGAUGGAUGAGGUUUGCUUCUGUAGUAUGCUCUCUCAUAAGUCUAAAGUAUGUAGCUGUAUCCUUCUCUGAAACCAUCAAAUCAUCAGCACCGGUUUUCACUGCAAUCUUUUCCUGGCUCAUGUUAGGUGAAAAGCAAAGCAUGUAUGUCAAUAUGUCUCUUAUUCCAAUCAUGGCUGGCCUGGCACUGUGUACAGCAAAUGAACUUAGUUUUACUAUGAUAGGGUUUGCUUCAGCUGUAAUGAACAACAUUAUGGACUGUUUACAAAAUGUUUUUUCUAAAAAGCUUCUUUCUAAUGAUCAGGCUUACAGCCCUCCUGAAUUACAAUUCUAUACAAGUGCAGCAUCAAUAUUUGUACAGUUACCUUUGUGGUUUUUCUACAUGGAUGUCCAAGUUAAAAUCAAAUCCAUGGAUUACUUCCUUAUUUCUUUGCUACUGUUAAAUGCAUUUUUUUUCUAUGUACAAAGUCUCACAGCUUAUGGAUUAAUGUCACUUAUAUCACCGGUUACUUUUAGUGUAUCCAAUACAGCUAAGCGUGCUCUUCUUAUAUGGAUAUCAGUACUUGUAUUUGGCAAUCAACUGACUCCUUUGAGUGCACUAGGGACAAUUGUUGUCUCAUCAGGUGUUUUCUUGUACCAGCGAUUCAAAAACAAACAGCGUCAAUGGGAAGCCGAACAAGCACUGAAGGGAACACAACACGACCUUUGACCAAAUCCACACUAAACCACAGCGACCCCACUUUAACUAACAAUACAUUAAUAGGAAUUAAAUUUAUCACGAUAAUGUGGGGUCCCUGUGGUUUGUGCAUUUUUCAUAACAUUAAAGAUAUUUUUAAAAUGUUAGAGUGAAGGUACAUAACCCGUGAAAUAAAAAUUAUUAUUAC